AUGCAUGUGUACUAUUCGAAAGCUUCUAAAUUGAUUCACUGGGAGUAUAAAGGUACUCUUAGAAUAGAGAAUCCAUUCUUAGCAAUGCUAAUGAAAAUUUGCGCAGUCUUUGUGAUCUUGUCCUCGGUCGACGCCGGCUCCAAAAAAUGUUGGGAAUUUCCAUGGGUCAAGAUUUAUGAACAUUACAUGGAUCGUAAUUUGGAAAUGCAGCUCAAGUCUAGGAUAAAGAAUCUCACAAACAGCUCGAGCUUACGUUGGAGCUGUAUGUUGUCUAUCAAAGCAGGUGGAUUGGCUCAGCAAUUUAUUGUUAACACAACUGAAAGCAGUCCUCCGCCAGUAAAUCCAGGAUGGCUUCUGUAUGCUUGGGGGAAGAACGAGUACGGUGGAAAACUUGUCACACUUCGAGAAGGCAGCGUCUUUAUAGAGACUGCAAGGUCCAACUCGUCGGUAGGAUGCGGUCGCGCCAAACUUCGCAAAUGGUUUGUCAUCUUAUGCCAGGCGAGAAACAGUACCAGAGCCGCUUUGUUGAAGAAAACAUGA